GGGAAGGAACCCUCCGCGGGCUCAACCCGUGCUCGAGCGCCGCUUCUGCCGCCGCCGCCGCCGCCACAGCCACGAGGACCCGGAACCCCUUCUUCCAGGCGCCGGAGCUCGAGGAGCGGCUGUCCUGGGAGUCCGCCGGAGCCCUGGGGCCGCUAGCGCCCCUCUCACAGCCACUCUUCAACGCCGAAGCCUGGACAGGCAGCCCGCUCCACACCCCAGAGAAGGUCAGACUCCCACAUUAAGGAACUUAACUCGGCUCUUUGGAUCAGAGAAUUAGAAUUCUUCGCAGGCAAAACCGAGGACGACCAAACUGACGCAACAUCUUUGCAAGGGCUUCGCCUGUGGCGGGAGAGUGACGUCAUAUCACGGGGGGCCGAGAGGCCCUUGUCCGUGACGUGUUAAGCAGGCGACAAGGGCUGGGCGGAGCGGUGGGACGGAAACGGAAGCCUGACUGGUGGUGGUCGGGAGCAGUCGAAAAUGCCUAAAGUGAAAAGAAGCAGGAAAGCUCCUCCAGAUGGCUGGGAGCUAAUCGAACCAACGCUGGAUGAAUUGGAUCAGAAGAUGAGAGAAGCUGAAACUGAACCUCAUGAAGGAAAGAGGAAAGUAGAAUCUCUCUGGCCAAUUUUCAGGAUUCAUCACCAGAAAACGAGAUACAUAUUUGAUCUUUUUUAUAAGAGGAAAGCCAUAAGUAGAGAAUUGUAUGAGUACUGCAUUAAAGAAGGUUAUGCAGAUAAGAAUUUGAUUGCCAAGUGGAAGAAACAAGGUUAUGAAAAUCUGUGUUGCCUCCGUUGCAUCCAGACUCGGGAUACCAAUUUUGGAACCAACUGUAUAUGUAGGGUUCCAAAAAGCAAAUUAGAAGUGGGGCGGAUCAUUGAGUGUACCCACUGUGGCUGCCGAGGAUGCUCUGGUUGACAGGUCUUGAAGCAGUGGACCCACAAAUUCCCUUUCUGGCUUAUUUUUAUUGUUCAUCUCCAUGAGUAGGUGUUAAAGUGAACUCUUUUUUUUUUUUUUUCCUGGAUAACUCUUGCUCUUCAAAGCUACAAGCUGUGAUUGGAGCAUGAUGACAAAAGAAAGACUGUGUUAAUCAACUGUAAUUAUCUGUGAUUUAAAAAAUAAAAUCUUUAACCAUUGGUAA